CCCCCCCGCUGUAUUUUUGGCUCGGCGGCCGCUCCUCGGCCCGCCCCGGCCGCUGCCCUUCGCCCGCCCGCGGAACGGGGCCGGGAACGGGGCGCUCCGCGGCGGCGGCGGACCCGGGCUGCCCGCGGCGAGCUCCUUUCCACCAGCAAAGCCCAGAGUGCCACCGGACAGGAGCCAGAGAUGACCAAGGAAGAAGAUCUGCCCGACUGGAACUCAUCCAAGGAGUUCUAUGAAAAAUAUGAGCCAAAGGAGGUUUUGGGCAGGGGGGUGAGCAGCGUGGUCCGUCGGUGCAUCCACAAGACCACGCGGCAGGAGUACGCUGUGAAGAUCAUCGACAUCACCGCGGGGAACAUCUCCCCCAAGGAGGUGCAGGAGCUGCGAGAGGCCACCACCAAAGAGAUCGACAUCCUCCGGAAGGUCUCGGGCCACCCCAAUGUCAUCCAGCUGAAGGACAGCUACGAAUCCAGCACCUUCUUCUUCUUGGUGUUUGAUCUGAUGAGGAGAGGGGAGCUCUUUGACUACCUCACUGAGAAAGUCACCUUGAGCGAGAAGGAGACGAGGAAGAUCAUGCACGCGCUGCUGGAGGUGAUCCAGUACCUGCACUCCAUCAACAUCGUCCACCGGGACCUGAAGCCGGAGAACAUCCUCCUGGAUGACGACAUGAACAUCAAGCUGACGGACUUCGGCUUCUCCUGCCAGCUGCAGGAGAAUGAGAAGCUCAAAGAGAUCUGUGGCACUCCUGGCUACCUGGCCCCUGAGAUCCUGCAGUGCUCCAUGGACGACGAGCACCAAGGCUACGGGAAGGAGGUGGAUAUGUGGAGCACCGGGGUGAUCAUGUACACCUUGCUGGCCGGCUCGCCUCCCUUCUGGCACCGCAAGCAGAUGCUGAUGCUGCGGAUGAUCAUGAAUGGGGAUUACCAGUUCGGCUCCCCGGAGUGGGACGACCGCUCGGACACCGUCAAGGACCUGAUCUCCCGGUUCCUGGUGGUGGACCCGCGGCAGCGGUACACGGCCGAAGAGGCGCUCGCACACCCCUUCUUCCAGCAGUACGAUACAGAGGAGGUCCGGCACUUCAGCCCCUUCCGCAAGUUCAAGGUGAUCUGCCUGACCGUCCUGGCAUCGGUCCGCAUCUACUACCAGUACCGGCUCGUGAAGGCCGUCACCAGGGAGCUGGUGGUGCGGGACCCGUACGCCCUGAAGCCCGUCCGCAAGCUGAUCGACGCCUGCGCCUUCAGGACCUACCGGCACUGGGUGAAGAAGGGGGAGGCGCAGAACAGAGCUGCCCUCUUCGAGAACACCUGCAAGGCCAUCCUGCUGACCCUGGCGGCCGAGGAGGAGCUGUUCUGAUCACGCUGUGAGCAGCGAGCUUGCUCACAAGGAAUAAAACCUUUGAAAGCCAAA